AAUGAUUGUGUUAAUCUGGUGCUCAGAAAGAUCGGAACUCCUCUGUAUGCAUUCCGUUGUUGAUGUUGCAUGUUGUCAGACGUUAUCGGUGAACGUAUAUUGGGUGUAUCACUGUAUGCAUUUCGAAACACUGUCUAAAAGACAUGAAGGUAUUUUGAUGUAAACUGUACAGACGAUCAUGUUGAAUAUUUUGGUGAAGUUCUUCGAGUUUUCACAGAGUCUGAUGCUCACGAUGGACACAUAUCAAGACAGACCGGCAAACCACCGACCUUUACUCACCAAAAACAUCCUGGUUCUUCUGAAUUACGGUGGAAUGCUGUAUGUCAUGAUGUUUUUUUUCUUUCUUCACUGGGUGGCCUCUGCAGUGUGCUUACCAGCAGUUUUCCACGAGGAACUCCAGGAUCCACAGUUUUCCCUGUUUUACCAUCGCCUAUUUUUCUGGUACCUUACAAUGAAUGGAGUAGGACAGUGGAUACUGUCAAUUUUCACUAGUAUUAAGUCUGUGUUCAGCACUGCCUCAGACUUGCCCAUGUUUAAUGAUUCGACACACGAGGACUGGGCUAAGUGCACUAAAUGUGACCAGAAUGUGCCUCCCCGAGCUCGACAUUGCAACAUCUGUGAACGAUGUAUCCUCAAGCGAGACCACCAUUGCUUCUUCACUGGCUGUUGUAUUGGUUUCCAUAAUCAAAGACACUUUAUUUUGUGGUCUUUCUAUGGAAUCAUAGGAACAGCUGUUGCCUUGUAUUACCUAGAAAAAUAUCUAAGCAUCCAUUAUGUGUCAUUUUUAGGUACAGAAUUCUUCAAAUAUUUUCUGCCAUAUGCACUAGUAAUAACUCUCAUUGGCAAAUCAUCUUUCUACACAUUUUUUACCAUAUUCUGGUUUUAUCUUGUAUUGUCAACAGGACUUUUUUGUCUGUAUAUUUUCUGUUGGCAGCUCAAUUUGAUCGUGAAUGGUCAAACAAGCUAUGAGUGUGUCAAAGGAAAGAAAAUAUACCAAACCAAUUUCUGGGAUCAGAUGAGAUCUGUGUUUGGCCCGUACUGGGGGGUGCAGUUUUUGGUUCCUUACCCCUGGAUAAAACAAGAAGGUGAUGGGCUAUCCUGGAAAUGCCACAACGCAAAAUAUCUGUAGUGAUUGGAAUACUUGUUUGAUGUGCUAUAACAAUAUAUGUGGAAAGUUUUUACCUUGAGCAAGAUGAUCAUGUAGAAAUAUUCACUCUAUGACAUAAUAUUGAGUACAUGUUGUAUAUAUGCCCAUGGACAAUGAAGUCUUCAUUUGCCAUAAAUUUGAAGGAAAGUAUAUAUUCUUGCUGUAAUGACAGAGGGCAUGGGGGAGGGGGGUCUACAAACUGCCAUACUGUGAUCACUUGAAAUUCAUUUUGGUAUAAAAUACCUAUAACUUGAUUUUGCUUGUGAAUCAGACUGACUAUUAAGAGCCAGCUCCUGCUGUUUCACUGUGAUGGUACUAACACAGUGCAAUUGUAGAGGCUGUCUUAGUCAGACUGGCUUGUGAAUAUCAACAGUUUGUGUUUGCACCUAGAAAACAUUAUGUAUUUUUCUGCCACAUUUCUCUAAAAUUGAUGCAAUGUCAUUGAAAAAACUACUCUUUGUGUUUGUGUGUGCUAUGUUUACAUGGGCUGUUGAAAAGCAUACUUUAAUGAUUGAUACACCAUUUGAAAACUUCAUUGUUCAUUUCAAGUAUUGCUCUGGUGUCUGUUAGUUAACACACACAUGAUUUAUUUAAUGAAAUCCAAUGUAAAUUCUAUUAUCCAUUGCUUUUUUCUUCUUCAUGUUAUUAAAGUAAUUUUGUAUGGUUUUCUUUGUAUAAACUGUAUAUCUCGUA